AUGAGUCGGUGGCGUCGUUCCGUGGACGAGCUGGCGGCAGCACGGCAACAGAGUGAGUGUCAGCGUGCCCAGGACUCUCUGAGCCGGGUCACUUCCUGUUUCCAGCAGCUGGUUUCUUCCCUGGGAAGCUCUGCAGACAACAGCUUUCUCCGGGAUGAGAUAGAGGACGCCAGGGUGCUCGCUCAUCGGAUCUGCAGCGGUCUGUCCCGCCGUCUGCUGCGCCUGCUAUCAGAGGGUAACCCCGCCCCCUCAGGUGUGCAGGACAGACAGGGGUCAGAGCGUCUUUGGGUUCUCUUCCUAUCAGCAGUGGAGAACUUCCUCUCUGACCUCCGGAAGGCCAGUGACCUGACAGAACAGUUUCCUCUGACUCAGCGUUCCAGCAGACGUGCACUGAUAAACACAGGAUGUGUGGACGGCAUGGUGGGCUUGGCAGCUCGCGUGGCUCUAGUCCAGGUACCAUGGCUCACCUUAGAGGAGGAGCCAAGUCCUGAUCUGACCGACCACAUCACAGGCCUGGAAACCAUGCUGAAAGAAUUGCAGAUGAGGAUUCCCAUUGCAUUCUGGUCCGUGGAGGCGACCCAGCCAGCUUGGGCCGAAGCACAGAGUGAGUUUAUGGAUCCAGACGACAGCCUGGAGGACCUGAUGGAGGUGGAGGUUGUUUCCAGCAGCAAGGACGGAUCCAGCUGCUGUGCUCUGGGCUGCAUCAGGCGCUGACGGUCCUCUGUAGCCCUGAUGGACUGCAGAUUUAAAGGGUACCGGGUAGUCCAUCUUAAUAAGGAACUGAUAGUUUGUCAAAUUAAAAUCCUAGUUUAGUUUGUGUUUUUCCUCCCCAGCAACAAAUCCACUGGAAGUUUGUGAAUCUUCCACAUCAGUUCAUUAGUUUCUAAAGAUAUCGAACUUUUAGGCACCAACAAAAACUGGAGGUGUGUGAGAUAAAGUGAGGAAGAGAAAGGACAAAGUAGAGGAAUAAAGCAUGAACAGGAAGAAUAAAGAGAAAUAGAGCCAAAGGGGAAAAUUUAAGAAGAAAGAAACAUGAACAGCAAGUUGUCAUCACGAAAGGUCGAAUGCUGAGAGAUACAGCUG